UCCGUUACAUGACCGUUGUCAUUUCUUCUUGGUGCAGAGCAUAAGUCAUCCGUGGUAUGUGAAGGUCCAAACACAACGAUCAUCAAUUUAAUCGGCACUAACUAAAGCAAAAAUAGCAAAGUAAUCAAAGGGAAAGGAAAUAUUUCCAUAGAUUUGUUUCCAGAGGAUUCUUGCUCGCGGCAGCAAAGAGAGUGCACGAACAGUGGGUUUGCGUUAUUUCUAGCAAAGCUAGCUCACAGACCGUCCUGCAUUCCUGUCUCUGGGUCGUGUGCAUGUUGUUGUGAUUCGCAUUGGCAAACAACCGAAUAAAAAUAUGAAACAACAUAGCCGCAAACAACCCUUGUUCCUGGCGUUCAUCGCGUUUUUAGCGGUCACAUUGCAUCAGAGCUUUGCUGCCACUGAUGUCCCGCCCACUGCUGCUGCCCCUCAAACCACGGCUCCGCCUCCUGCGCCCCCAGCCCGGCCUGAGAGGGGCAACUACACUGUAACCAACGUCAAUGGGACCGUCUGUCUGAUGGCCCGCAUGGGACUGCAGCUCAACAUCCGCUUCAGCUCUGCCUCUCUCAAUAAUACUGUGCAAGACGUGUUGAACCUCCAGCCCAACGUGACUAAGAGCUCAGGGUCAUGUGACUCAGACAGUGCCACCCUGCUGCUGAUGGCUGAGGAGAAAACCAACCUCACCUUCCUUUUCUCCCUGAAUGCCACGUCCAGUAAGUACCACCUGAGUGGAGUGACUCUGUCUGCAGCCUGGCCGGACAUGAGUGAGCCCUUCUCAGCCAGUAACAGUAGUCUGGACUACCUGCGUGGUACCCUGGGGCGUAGUUACAUGUGUCGUGAGGAGCAGACUCUGGCUGUGGCUGUGAACUUCUCUCUCAACACCUUCCAGCUGCAGGUGCAGCCCUUCGGCUUAACCGGGGACCAGUUUGGAGCAGCGGAGGAGUGUCAGCUGGAUGAGGAUGACAUGUUGAUCCCCAUCAUCGUGGGCACUGCGCUGGCCAGCCUGGUCCUCAUCGUCCUUGUGGCCUACCUUAUCGGCAGGAAGAGGAGCCACGCCGGGUACCAGACUAUCUGAGAUUACUUCCUGUCAAUUGACCCCCCCCCAGAUUGACUGAACCUCACUCCAACCCUCAACUGAACUUCCCCAACCCCAUUGUUGGUCUUACCGUAGAAUCCUUGCUUCCACCUCCUCCCCUUUGUACUCGCUUACCCCACGUUGGGUCUCCAUGGGGUUGAUUUGCACUUUCAGGACUGAACUGCUCCUUUGUAUACAAAAAAAAGGGGGGGGGGGGGUCUGCUGAGAGAUUGUAAUGACAUAACGAAACACUCGACACAGUCACUCAACACUGCAGGAGGGGAUGGUGUGGUGGCGUGCUCAUAACCAUAUGCUGAAUAAUAAUCCACACUGCGUAGCCUAAGGUAUUUUUAUCAUGCUUACGUUUUACUGGUGACUGACAUGGGAAUUCUGAGGGAUUGUUUGUUUACAAGCAUUGCUGCUGCUGUUUUCAAUGGCUUUUUCUGUUUUUGAUGGUGGCCAUUGUCAGUCACAUCAUAAUAGAUCAUUGCUACUCUUGUGUGAAGGGAAUAUUAUGACUGUAGCUGGCUGCUCCAACCAAUCCCCUCUCUCAACCAAUGGAAGUUAACUUGUUGCAUAAUGUUUGCAACAUCAUUGAACAUAAUAAAGUUGUAACUUUGAAUAUAAUAUGGAGUUGAUGGAAGUUGCUUCUAACCGCUGGUCCAGUGUCAGAUAUUUUUGUAUCCUGUUUGUUAGGGGCUGAAUAAUCUGACCUUAGAUCUGUGGUUAGGGGUUUAGCUCGGGACCGGAGGUCACCUCCAGCUGCAGAUUGGGAAUGGUAGUGUUUGUCAAUCCAUCUCUUGGGGGUCCCCUGGGGGCACAUUUUGUUUACUUUGGGUUCCCCUCAGAAUGGAUUGAGGAACAAGGAGGACGGUAAUUUGAUGGUAAAGCAGUUGUCUGCAGAGGGAGGGACUCAGUAAUUUAUGGUGAUCAGAGUGAGGGAGUGUAACAUUAGCCCUGUCCACAAACAACCCUAUAACCCCUAAAUAACUUGGAAUCUCCACCUUGCGUCUGAUUAGUUAAUUUGCGUGCCUAGGGGCUAGAGGUUGUUUCUGGACCAGGCCUCAGAUUUUUUUCAAUGAUUCUAAGAGGGAAUGUAACAAUGAACUGAAACUGAAUUGACAGAACGAGCGUCACACGCUACACUAGAAUGAAGGGACGUGGUGGGCGUGUGCUCCACUUAGACAUUGGUAUUACAGCGCACUGUACCAUGGCUGUUAUGAAACUUGACUACCAUAAAGAUAUGGUGGAAAAUGCUGUUACUCAGUAUGUUGGCACAGUGGAGGAAAUUGAUUUAUGUGCCAAUGCUUUCCCCCGUAGCAGUGACUUAAACAUGGUUUUAUGAAUACUGGUACUACCAAUUAUAGUUACAUUAUUAAGACAGAUUUUUGUUGCUACUUUUUUGUUGGUACUUCCAGUGAUUAUAUUAAGGGGAGUUAAGUAAAAUUACAUGGUGCUCACAAAGGCCAAAUACUAGCUUAAAAUGUAACUGGACAUUUAAGUGAAUAGUUAUAGGUUGUUUUCUCAAGUUAGGAUUCAGGCUAUUAUAGUUAGAACAAUUUAAGGGAGUUGGAGUUACUGUCCAUAGUACAACACCAUUUUAGAGAGGAAUAAUAAUCUUAAAUGCCUGUGCCAAAUGGAAUCUGUGCCUCCCCGCUUACAAGAAGGAUGGGAUCUAUGCCAAUGUUAGUUUCUCUUAGUUGUCUCAAAUGACACCCUAUUCCCCAUGUAGUGCACAUCUUAGUUGUCAUUGGGGACAUACCCUUUCUAUCUACACAGUGUGUGACCUUUGUUAGGGACAUUCUCUUCGUUGUUGAUUUGCCUGGCCUAUUGAAUGAUCAUAGAUGCAUUGUUUGUAGUGAAACGGGGAAGUAAAAAGGAUGUGAAUUUUCAUUCCACCCCUCAUCUAGAAGUGUUAAUAUCCAUAUGUAGUGAUUAGGGCUGGAUUCAAUCAGUAUCAGAGCGAGAGGUUCCCGCGUUUACGUAAGCGCUACAUAUGUCAACUCAAUCAGCAAUUACCUUAAUUUUAACGUGGAUGUUCCGCGAUACAGAUUGGAUCUAGCCCUUAAGGUUUAAAAGAGAAUGUUUUAACUGUUUUCUAAAAGCGGAGCAAAUAAAAUAAGAGCUGAGGAAUGAGCUCUAUGUACA